CCUGCGCUACCAUCAGGAGUUGUCUGUACUGUUUCCACGGAUACAUGUACUGGUUUGGAUUGCUGUAUCACCAUUCCACUAACAAACAAGACAAUGAACUUCCGUAUUAACAUAAAUCAUUGUUACCAGGACAUUACUGUUGGAUUGGAAUCAAUGUACAGAGAAUAUAAAUUACUCGAUUAUGAUUUUGGAACUGUUGAACAUUUCAACCUGAGAGGAGUUGGAAAAAUGGAAUACAAAAUAGAGGACUUCCUUGGAGAGGGUGCUUACUUGUUGGAUAUUAGUUUUUCAUUCUGUUUAGAGACAGGAAGUUGUGAAUUUACAGAAACUAUCAUCCAGGGGGUCAAGUUCCCUAAAAAGAAAUGUACAUGGGAUGAUACAUAUAGGGUGAAAGACUUUUCAUUGGAACAGUGGAGCAGGGAGAGAUCUAUUAACACAACACAAGUGUAUCCAGCUUAUUACAUCUCAGAACUUCUACAGAACUUAGACCUAACCACAUGCUAUAUUUGAUUUCAGAUUUUUCACUGGAACAGUGGAGCAGGGAGAGAUCUAUUAAUACAACACAAGUGUAUCCAGCUUAUUACAUCUCAGAACUUCUACAGAACUUAGACCUGACAACAUACUUCAAGAGAUUUCAAUGUAGCCAAUCAGCAUCUCUGUAUAAUUCACCAACCAAUGGAUGGAAAAAAGAAUGCUCUGACACAGAUGUAGUAGCUAUUUCUACCAAUCCAAUGACAUGUCGACUGAUGUCAGACUGUGCUGCUGUCAGCUGUUGUUUAGAUGAAGAUUUUAUCAGCAAGACUUUUGAAGUGAUCUUUGAGAUAGAUGACUGCGAGAGAAAGAUAUACAUUGGAAUAGAAGAACUAAAGUUUUAUAUUCCUCUACAUGACUUUCAAUUUGAUACAUGGCAUGAAUUCAGUUUAGUAAAGACAAUCCGCAUAAGGUACAAUAUAUAUGACCCUUGGAGUGAAGGAGUAUAUCUGGUAUCCUUAGAGAUAUCGUCUUGCUGGGAGAUGUAUGGUAGUUGUGCCUGGACCCAGUCUGUACUGGAUUAUGCCAGAUUUAAAAAACAGAUAUGUCCCUCACAGAUGGCAUACCAGAAUUCAAGCUUCUCUCUGACAUCUUUGGCUUCUAGUAACAGUUUUGACAUGGAUGCCAUGACUGAAACAGACCUUACACGUCUCUAUGAUGAACUGGAUGUUGCCUGGUAUCUUAAAAACACAUGUGACUAUGAAAUGUCACCGUUUACAGCUAACAGAUGGAAUAAUACUUGUGGUUCCACCAUUAACAACUUACCUACGUUAUCCAGUGGUACUUCCUGUUAUAUAUCUGACGUAUGUACAGAUGUAAGAUGCUGUGUUUCCGUACCAUUGUUCGGUAACCAUACAUUUGAUUUCUCACUUAAUUUGGAUGGAUGUACACAAUACAUGGAAAUAACUUUGGAGAAUUACAAGAAACGAUUCAUGUUGAGAGACUAUACCUUUGGUCAGGAAGAUUAUUUGUGGAUUAAAGGAGUGUUCCGACUCAAGUACACAAUAGAUGAUUUACCGGACCAGAAUCUGUACAGAGUAUCUGUUAUGUUUGAGGUGUGUACCACAGAUGGUUCACCAUGUGAGUACAGCCUGACAGUAAUGGACAGUGUAGAACUACCAAGAUCUUCAUGUCUACCACUGUGGGAAUAUGGAUAUGCUGAACAGGGUAAGUUAACUUACAUCUUGUUUCAAAAAUAA